CAUUUAAUAAGAUAAACUUGAAGACCCCCGAUGCCCUUAAAAAUAUUCACACAGUUACAUUCUUUAGUAUAUUUUUAGCAAUUAUUAAUAAACAAGCAGGAGAUGACAAGUUAUAUUCAAAUCAUAAAAAAUAUUUUGAGAAGGAUGGAAUUGUAAAGAGGAAGGUGGUUUUGUUACAUAACCGAUCCAGUGAUUGCAAAGGAUAUUUUAUUGCGACCGGUUUUUUGGCAGAUGUUUACCCUAAAAUAGACAUGAAUGAGAUUAUUCCAAAUUCAGCAAUUACAGAAUUUUUUGGGGUCAAUGUUGGUUUCUCAAAUGGUGAA